AUCUUACGUAACAUGAGUACACUUAUUAAGCCCACAAUGUAGUGGAAAAAGACUACAUCAAAAGAGUUCAAGAAAACAAGACACAUCUCUUCUAACUAUCCAGCAGAAUCACUCCGUUUGCUGUUCGGAGCACAUUUCCUGAGUCAGAGUUCCAGUGUUCUCUGAGAAACGAUGGCGUUGUGGACUCUCUAUCUGUCUCUCGGUCUUCUGGUCGCUUUGAAUGCUUCAGUGGAAACACGUCCUUUUGGAAAUAAACGUUGUGGCGUUUGUCAGACAGGAUGGACUUCCUAUGGAUGCAGAUGCUUCAAGUUUUUCAGUUCCCAAUACACGUGGGCUAGAGCCGAGAAAUUCUGUUUGAACUAUGAUGGGAACCUUGCUUCUGUACACAGCCAUGGGGAGUACAUGUUUAUACAGAACCUGAUUAAACACCAAAGUUCCUGGAUCUGGAUUGGAGGCUAUGAUGCUGUUGAGGAGGGAGUUUGGCUCUGGAGUGAUGGAUCCCAAAUGAUGUAUACAAUAUGGUCACCUGGAAAUCCCAAUAACAUAGGUGGAAAUCAGAACUGCCUUGAGAUGCACUCUGGCAGUACCGACUGGAAUGAUGACAAAUGUGAUAAUAAGAAGCCCUUUGUGUGUGUGCACUGAACCAGCAUGUGAAGAAUCAAUGUAGAAGAAACAAGCUUCUUUUGACUUUUUACUUUCCACUGGAAAUGUUUAAUGGAGUCAAAUAAAUCGGUUAAAAAAAGUUUUUUUUUUUUUUUUUUUUAAUGUGGAAAAGUUAGUCACCAAAUAUAUUAAUGGCACUCAUUUUGUGUCUCACCACCAGGUCAUUAUCCUGUACCUUCAUUAAAUGUCUAGUAUUUACCCCAUUUUCUCCUAAACCAAGUAGUCUAGGCUAUAUGACAUUUUUUUUUUCAUAUGCUGCAACUUUCCCCAGGUUACAUGUAUGUAUAUUUGUGUAGGUUUAUUAUUUGCCUGCCCUCUAGGGGCAGGAAAAGCGUGAUCUACAUUCUGUCUUAUUUAGCAGAUUCCGUACACCUGUGGACCAUUAUCCAGUGCUUAAAGCAGGGAUGGACAACUCCGGUCCUGGAGGGCCAUUCAGCAGAGUUUAGCUCCAA